GGCUUCCGUUUCUGGUUGGUUGAAGACUGAGCCAAUGGGGACUCUGCAAAAGCUGGUCUGGACACAGGCGGGCGAGUGCGCGGGAGGCUGCCCGUCCCCCUGGUGUCAAAGCCGCUCGUUCCUUUUCGGGAGAUCCCCUUAAAGUUAACGCCCAGCUCGUUUUUGUUUCCCUGCCCAAGAAAUUGUAGCAGCUGCCCAGCCAUGGCUCUGCCUCCGGAGAAAGCCUCGGAGCUCAAACAGAUUAUUCACCAACAGUUAACUAAGGUAAGGGCUCUCCGCGUUGAAAGCACUGCUGGGAAAGGAGGAGGAACCUAUCUUUAAAUAUCCUCCAAAGCGGUUUUCCCAUAUGUUAUCUGAGGCUUGUAGCAGAGGAAGCCUGUAUCUAUAUCUAGCUGUCUAUAUCCCACUGAUUUUAAUAGGGCUUCCUUCCAGGUAAGUGUUGAUAUUGCAACCUGAUGAUUGAGAUUGGGGCUGCAACCUGAAAAAGCAGUUGUGACAACUCUUUGUUUUUUAAUAUGAUGAAAGGACCUUCAUUUAUUCAGUAAGCAUACAAAAGAACUGGCUUGAUUUCUAAGAAGUCUAUUAAUGAUGCAAUGAAUGGCAGGUUUCCUAGGUUGCUUUCUGAUGACUGGAACAAAGCCAGAACAUGUCCAAAAUGUGCACAUAUAACUAAGAGAACAUCCAUCUGAGUGCUAUGAGUGCAUUAAAAACUGUUCUCUUUUUUGGAAUUACCUUUUUAAAUUAUAUGAAGGUUGUACUGAAUUUCAUUCAGAGCCUGUAUCACAUGUUAACAGAAAUGUUUCUGUUUAGAUGGAUGUUCACAGCAGGAUUCGAGAAGUGCUUGCUGAGACCAUACGUGAAGAACUGCCACCUCAACAUCAGCAGCUAUCCCAAGAAGAUCUAAUGAAAGCCCUCACACGGCGAGGAAUCAUUGAUGAUGUUAUGAAAGAACUAAAUUUUGUAACAGUGAGUAUAAUUUGAAGAAAAACUCUCCUGGUGUGAUACAAGAAGUGCAUGGCAUAGUUAAAUACAGCCAUAUUUAUACAAAAUCACUUUUGAAUGAUUUCAGUGUGAUGCAGAAUUAAAAAGGAGGUUAUGUGAUUGCAGUCCUUUAUGAGUAAGUUUAAUAUAUUUUUCAUUGCAUGGCUUGGAAGUACUGGAUGCAUUGAGAGCCUGUAAACUACAGAAACCCUAUGAGUCACUUCAUUGUUUUUAAUGAGCUCCUGCAUUGUUCUAGCUAAAAAAAAAGUGAUAUUUACAAACCUGUAUUUUGAUGCAAGUGAGCCUUACCCAGAGCUCCUAACUGUAUGUAGCUCCCUGUGAUGUGUCUCCUAAUAUCUUUGGAUUUGUGUCAUGUGAAGUGUCCCCUGGAUGAAUAUUUUAGUAGAGCAUGAUGUAUUUCUGGGGUUUUUAAUUAUGUUGGAAGGAUUGUAGGAGACUGACUUGAAGGUGUCCUUAAUGAUAUCUUUAUGUACUUCUAGGAUAUAAAUGACAAAGAAAUUACUUCAACUCCAAAACCCUCUACUCAUUUUGUUGACCGACAGACAGCCAUGCUGAAGAAAAGUAUGUUCUAUAUUACCUUGAGUAUUUGAUGUACUGAUUUUGUAUUUUAAAUGUAUAUUUUAAAGCUAGUAUUGUAAGGCUUUUGGGGUGGAAUCAAAUGUUGUUCAAGUGGACUACCACUCAUGCAGUAGAGCUUCAGCUUCCUCUUCUGCCCCAAGCAGCUCCUGCCACCCCCCAUACCUGCUUCAGAGGGUUUCCUAUAACUUUCAUAGCAGAUUUUUGGAAUGGGUGGGCUGAAAGGGGGAAGGAGAGGAAAGUGAAGUCACCUUGUGCAAGCAGAAUUCUGCUCAGUUCACGAGGAGACAUAUUAGUUAUGAAGGCUGGGUUGUAUUCAACUUAAUUAUGAUCAGGUUGGUAUGUACAUAUAUUGUACAUGUUACCAAGUAUCUGCUAAGACUAGUUUAAUGUAGCAAAUUAGAUAAGUGACCAGGCAGGAUUAUUUUGGACUAUCCCUAGAUAACCUUCUUGGUAGGGGAAUUACAAGAUAUACUUGGGGCACUCUGUGGAUGAAUGGAUUGUGGUUGUUUGCCAUGAUUGUUGUUGUAACCCUACGUCUUGGCUAACUAGUUUUUUAAACCUACUUUCUAGUGUUUCCUAUUUAUGUUAAAUACAUUUUUUAUGAACUGCUUGCAACUCUUUUAUACUUAUUGUUACACUUUGCAGCAAAUAUUGACCCAACACGAAGGUAUCUUUAUCUUCAGGUUUUGGGUGGAAAAGCUUUUCUGGAACAUCUGCAGGAACCAGAACCUUUACCUGGUCAAAUUUGUUCUACUUUGACACUUUGCUUGCAUUUCCGAAACCAACGUUUCCGCUCUAAACCUGUCCCGUGUGCCUGUGAACCAGAUUUCAGUGAUGGUUUUCUACUUGAAGUAUAUAAGGAAAGCUUAGGUAAGGAAGCCUGCAGUCUAAAAAUGAAUAAUGUUUUGGGUUGCACUUCAGAAAUAGUCCAAGAGUAGUUGUUCCAUAAGCAGUAAUAUAGCCUGCAUUCUUUUUUUAACAUGCAGAAUUUCAUUAAGAGGCCCCACAAUUCCAAACAUUUGCCUUUAUGCUCCUUUUCCUACUUGUUUUGAAACAAAGGAUCAAAGAAACAGAGUUCACUUUUAAGGAUCCUGAUCUUCCCUUUGCAGCUACAUCUUUGCCUGUCUCAUAUCUGUCAUAUAUUAUGUUAGAUAGGCAGUGGGCAUACUUUUGGAGGAACUGCCUUGUCAGGCUAGAUGUUCACCACUGCUGUUAUUCCUUGGCUUCUUCUAGUUCUCUUUUAUAUCUUGAUAAUUUAAAUAUAUUUGAAAAUGUUUUAAAAUUCUAUUAGAUCUUAUACUCAAUUAUCUGCUCUAAUGAGAAAGUUGGCAAAGUUGAGUGAGUUGAUAUUGCUGUUUCACUUCAAGUGCCUUGGUAAUAGCUUUCUAAGUAAUGACCAGCAAUCAAAACUCAUUAUGCUAUUCUAUAGUGGGGAACCUCUGGCCCUCCAGAUGAUCAACUACUCAAACUCUCAGCAGCUCUAGCCAGCAUGACCAAUGACCUGGGAUUUAUAUGAGUUGGAGUCCAGCAUCAUCUGGAAGACACAAGUUCCCCACCCUCAUUCUGCGUAUUUUUACACAGGUCAAUUGCGUUCUGCUGUCAUAUGCAAUGCUCCAGAAUGCAAUCCCCGCAAAUCAGGGGUUGCCUGUGUGGAUGGGAAAUGCUUUUAACAGAAAUUUGUUCUUAACUUCAUUUUGCUGUGCUGCUGACAGGUGAAGCAAGUAAAAUGGCAGAUGCAACCACUAUGCUAUCAAUUUGUGAUCCAGUGCAUAUUGUCUUGAUCAAAACAGACACAUCUGGUGAGACCACAUUAGUAGCAUCCUAUUUCUUAGAAUGGCGGUCUGUCCUUUGUGCAGAGAACAGGAUUACAAAUGUCGCUGUUGAACUUCUGGGUGUAGGUAAGUUUUAAAACUACAGUACUACAACAGUGGAAAACAAUAUUGUCUGAGUGUGACAGACUACUCAAAAUGAGACAGGAGCAAUAAGAGUUUAAUUUAGUUGACAAAAGUAGAUUACCGUAAGUACUUGUGUCGUGUAGUAUGAUUUAGUUGCAUAUCACCAAAUGAGCCUAAAUCUUAUAAACACUUUUUUUUCCUUUUGCUAUUUGAAUACCUGAUCUAUUAAAAUGUCUAUUUAUUUUUGUUAACAAAGAGAGAAAAUGUGAUACUUACCCAGUCUGGUAAAGGAACCUUAGCCAUUUGGUAUAACAUUUCACUCAACAUGGACCAAAAGCCUUCUACUAGAUUAAGUGGCAAUGGGGUGUAGGUAAUAUAAUUUAUAGUGAUGAAUAGAAUUGGAUAUAUAAACAUAUUUAAAAUGUGGUGUUAAUAACAAUGGGAAAAAACCAUUACAAAAUGCAGUACAGCUGGUAUCUGACACCACCUGUUAAAAAAGAAUUUAUACCCUCCAGCAAGAUACAUGUUAGAGAUGUCAGAACCUGAUAUGCACAUUUUGGAAUUGUUUGCAAAGAAGGCCCUUUGGAUAGAAAUUCUUUUAUGUAAUUACAUAUACAAUUGGGUGUGAUGUGGCUUUGAAUACCAAGUAUAUGCUCCUUGGUUACAUAAAAACGAGUUAUACUUAGAAUUUUAUAAAUAUUAUUAAUAGCAACAAUGCAAGUAAUACCAGGAAAUGCAAAAACCUCACCUGCACCAAAUAUAAUGAAAUGCCACACAAAAAAUCAGGAAUAUAGUUGUUGUUUUAACAAAGUUACUCUAUAAGCUGUAAAAAAAGGUCAAGCUGAUAAAUUUAACCAAAAUAUGUAUUUAGGAAUUGAAAUCUGACAUUUCAAGGUAAAAUUCAACCAUAUGUUUUGUUCAAUUUAAUUUGAAGUUGUUUAAAGUGUUGAUAAAUUAGGCUGCAAGUCUAGCCAUGUAUACUCAGAAGUAAGUCCCAUUGAAUUCAAAGGGGCUUACUCCCAGGUAAGAGGGUUUAGAAUUGCAGUCCUAUUGAUUCCCUCCAUUACUACUUUAGAACAAAUAUAUAGCACUUUAAUUGUCAGUAUUGUUUGAUGACUUUUUAAUGUACACUGUAGAGUUGUUCAUUAAAAAAAAUUUAAAAAUUAUUUGCUUUCUUAUCAAGCCUUGUAUUUUGGUCCAAAGGUACAGAAUCAAAAGUUUCUGUUGGAGUACUUAAUAUCAGACUUGAAAUGUAUCCAAAGCUAAAUAAGACACUUUCUCAGGAAAUAGUUACUACUCAGGUAAGUCUGAACUCAUAUAAGCAUUCUUUUAAGCAUUAUUAUUUUAAUGCAAUUCAGAUUGAUUUAAUCUUCUAAACAAAGGAACUUUGAAUAUGUGUUUCAUUGCAAUCAGUCACAAAUGUUCUGCAGAUGUCCUUCUCCUGAUUAAUCAAGGCUGAUGUCAUGUUACAAACUUAAAUCUUUAUUACUUCUGCAGUACAAUAAAGAGUAAAACACAAUUUAUGCUGUUAGUUUGCUUGAAUUUGAUUUUAAUCUAUUACAAAAUUCAAUAACUUUUUCUAUCAUAAUAAAACUCACACUCAUUACUAAAAAAAACACCCUCCAGUAUCCUACUCAUUUACAGAUUAAGCAUUUUAACAAGAGAGUUGACAGUCUCCAGCCAUCUGACAACUUUCAUAUGGCUUCAUUAUUCUAAAUCAGGCAUAGGCAAACUCGGCCCUCCAGAUGUUUUGGGAUUACAACUCCCAUCCUCCCUAGCUAACAGGACCAGUGGUCAGGGAUGAUGGGAAUUGUAGUCUCAAAACAUCUGGAGGGCCGAGUUUGCCUAUGCUGUCAGAUUUAGCCCAUUCCUUUUCAACAGACAUGUCAUAUUACAAUUAAUACUGAACACAGAAUAAAAAGGCAAUCCUGUGGUUAUGGAUCUGUUUGCCUUGGGCUUGGAGAAUUAGCAAAGCAAGCUUACAUACAGUAUUCUUAAAAGAGAUUUUUUUUGCUCAUAUUUCCUCCCAUUUUUUUGUUCUGACCAUCAAGACUGACACAAGAGGGCACUGUCCAUCAGCUGUUCUAUAUAUAUCUACUAGUUAAACCAGAUAGCAUGAAUUUAUUACAGUGGUACCUCGGGUUACAUACGCUUCAGGUUACAGACUCCGCUAACCCAGAAAUAGUACCUUGGGUUAAGAACUUUGCUUCAGGAUGGGAACAGAAAUCGUGCUCCAGCGGCAUGUUAGCAGCAGGAGGCCCCAUUAGCUAAAGUGGUGCUUCAGGUUAAGAACAUUUUCAGAUUAAGAACGGACCUCCAGAACAAAUUAAGUACUUAACCCGAGGUACCACUGUACUGUAGUUUGCCCAAACAACCACUUUUCUGGUUUUUUUCUACAUAUUCAUGUAGAUCAGACUGGGCAGUAAAUUUCUCCCUUCUCCUUAGUAGCAUGGUUUACUGAUGUUCCCUAGAAUUAUUUCUUCAGUUUUACUUUAUCUUAGAAUCAUAGAACUGGAGAGUUGGAAAGGGACCACAGGGGUCAUCUAAUCCAGCUCCCUGCAAUGCAGGAAUCUUUUGUGCAGUGUGGGACUCAAACCCAUGACCCUGACAUUAAGAGUCCCGUGCUCUACCAACUGAGCCGAAAGCAGAAGCUGCUUCUGAUCUUUGUAGCACACAAGCCCUACAGGUAAAGAAGUCCUCGCGUGAUUACUGGAGAAUUGGGUUGCGUUGCUGGUCCCACUCCCAAGGUUGUGUGGCUUGCCUCAUCUGCAACACCCACGUCUUAAGCUUUUCCUCUGCAAAUGUAAACUUAUGUGCAUAGAUAUGUGUGCUCUGCAAAAAUCCACACCUAAUAUAUGGAUACUGGUGUGGGAAGCUGGGAAUCCCCACUCUCCAGUAAUUCUUUGAGGAUCCCUUCAUCUGUAUGAAGGAGCCCAUAGUUCGAAAGCACGUCAAAGUGCAAGUAGAUAAAUAGGUACCGCUCCAGCGGGAAGGUAAACGGCGUUUCCGUGCGCUGCUCUGGUUUGCCAGAAGCAGCUUCGUCAUGCUGGCCACAUGACCUGGAAGCUGUACGCCGGCUCCCUCAGCCAAUAAAGCGAGAUGAGCACCGCAACCCCAGAGUCAGCCACGACUGGACCUAAUGGUCAGGGGUACCUUUACCUUUACCUAUCUGGUGGAAACUACAUUUGAGUAAUGUGGAACUCGUUAAAUCUCUUGAUGUGUAUCAACAAUGUACAUAGAAAACCAAUCAUAGUUCCUUGUCCUAAGUGCUUGAAAUCAAUGUACAUUCUUUUUAUAAUAAUGUCCAGAGUGAAUUCUAUGACUCCUGCAUAUUAUUGCUUCAAAGCAAGUUUUGGAAUACUCUACUAGGAGAAAAAAUGUCCAAACUUAUUUCUGUUUCCUUUAUUGACAUUUUAUUCAAAGCCAAUGACAGCAUUGGAAUAGGCACAACCAGUCUAUAUAUGUUCUUCUGAAAAGCAGCAGUCAGAAUCCAAGGCACUUUUGUACAUGUUCUGGGAAAUAGGGCUAAAAAUCUAUGUGCAUACCUAUAUCACAUAGUGUUCGUUUCUGAAUUUCAGUUUUCUUUAGAACGCCAGAAAACAGCAGAAAAAGAACGCCUGUUUCUUGUUUAUGCUAAGCAGUGGUGGAGAGAAUAUUUGCAGAUUAGGACUUCACACAACACAAGACUGGUGAAAAUUUUUGCACAGGUCUGUCAACUUAUUUUUUCCUUGAUUCUUGCUACAGGUCCAAAUUUACUGGUUUUUCCAGUACAACCCUGUAUUGUAUUCAUUGUUGAGAACUGGAAUAUUUAACAGUUAACUUGUCAGAGUGUAAACUAUUCUACCCCACAAGUCUUGGCUGCCUUAUGUUUUACUGAUUCCAGACACUUGUUUUCCUGCAGUAGAGGAGGAGAUCCUUAGACUGGUUGUCCCUUCCACUCAUUCUACUAGACAGGCCUAUGCAAUUAAAUAAGUUUAUCUCCAAGUGACAAUGCAUCCCCCUCUCAGUUCCUUCCUGCUUAGCUCUCAGUGCAGGUUGUUGAUGGAACUGCUCAUGCACCUUGGCAGGAGCAGGAUUUUGAAAGUAAGAUGACAAUCUUUGCCUUCUCAUCACCCUUGCACUCUAAUAAGAAUGAAACAUUUGUAGUUCUUUUAUAGAAGUAACCUUGAAAUGGAGUAAAGCAGGACAUUGUGUAGCUAUAACCGUAAAACCUGCUAUCUUCCAAACCACCAUAAAAAAACCUAAGCGUUCUUGCUUUCGUUAGAGGCACAAAUGGGAAAGGAAGUUCUAGAGCAGUUGUGGUAGAGAAUCCCAUUUUUGAUGUGGAAGAUAAUUGUUUCCAUAUUUUCUUUCGGUUAAACUUCAUUUGAUAGCCUUUUAUAUAUAUAUGCAGGAUGAAAAUGGGAUAAACAGGCCAGUCUGUUCAUACGUCAAGCCUCUUCGAGCAGGUCGACUUCUAGACACGCCCAGGCAAGCGGCAAGAUUUGUCAGUGUGCUUGGUUAUGAAAGAGCCCCUAUCAUUGGUGGAGGAAAUAGUAAACAAGAACAGUGGUGUACUCUUCUGGCUUUUCUAUGUAGAAAUAAGGUACCUGACACUCCUUCAGAUACUAUAAUUCAAAAUUUUAUUGUGUAGUAUCAAUUCAUGGUAUAAAUCUGUUUUAAGUUGUGGCUUCUUACAACUCUAUAGUUGAUUCUUUGAAUCUAUCCAGAAAUCUUGCACUUUGGUAUUCAUGUAAACUUUUGUCCCAUCUUAGCUUCAGCACCCAUAUUGCAUGCUGCAUUUCCUAAUGUUCUGCAGCAGCAGGCCUGAAGCAGAGAGAGUGAAAUGGCCAGUAAACACACCCACAUGCACAUGCAUUGCAAUACUGUUCAGUACUUCUGUUGCAGACAAUUUCCCAUAUUUUAUUUCAUAAACUUGGCUAGAUGAACUUAGUAUGAACUUAUUUAUUUAAAAGCAUUUAUAAACCACUUAAUAUUUUAAAAACCAUGUGGUAGAUGUGUUACAGCAGCAUUUGGAAGAUUAAGAAAUGUUUAAUUGCUUAUUGAAUUUUUUCUGUAAAUAUGCACAAAGUGUUGCACAUAUAAUGCCUGGGCUACAGUGGAUGCUACACCACUCUAGUAUGACCAGCUAGAAAGUACACAGUUUCAUUGACAACAGUUGUGGGUGUCCCAAUACACAUCCUCCUAUGAAAGCUUUUCCAUGCCAUGUAAGGGAGAAAUGGCUGUGGGCAUGAUCAGAGAAGGAAGCUUAUCACCAGUAGCAGCCAGCAUGAUGGGGGUGGAGCUGCCCUCCUGGGUGAGGGCAGGGCAGGGCAAGGUAGUGGUGAGGUUGUGGCUCUGCACAUCCACUGGUGGAGCCAAUCUGUCACUCCUGUUGAUGUGUCCUAGUAACCCUAACCUUGCCAUUGCUCUUCCCCAUCCUGAUAAGCUGCAGUGACAUCUGUGUUAGGAAGGCAGCCUGGCAUCUCUGUCCCAUCAUGCUGGCUGCUACAGUAUUGUUAAACUAUAGAAGCUAAUUAUACUUUCCAGAAUGUUGCUCAAGUAGAAUUUGGUGUAUGGCUUUCUCUAGUAGGGCUAGUAAGACCAGGAAUAAGUCCUAGUGUACAGUUUCUGUAUAAGGCUAUGAAAUACUUGAUUCUAGGUUAAUGAUUGUCUGUACUCUUAAUCUUGCAUAUACUAACUGUGGGUUGUAUUGAAUUAAAUUUUACUCAGUGUAGAUACAUUGAAAUUAAUGGACCUAAGUAAUGUUCAUUCAUUUAAUCAGGCCUCAUCUGAGUAGGACUAGCAUUGGAGUCAACCCUUUCUUUCAAUAACAUCUAUGUUAACAUGAUGGUAACAUUUUUGUCACUAACCUAAACAAAGCAAUUCGCUCUUCCUCUUUGCUUCUAUUUUUAAUCCGUAAAUCUCGAAUUCUUGCCAUUAUCUGCUAAAUUUUCAUUAGUUGUCAAUUUAAGACACCUUACUUUUUUUGGUAUAAACUCAUGUUAUACAUUUUAAUAUACCCCCCCUUUCAGGGAGAUUGUGAGGAUCAUGCUAACCUUUUGUGCAGUCUUCUACUGGGAUUUGGACUAGAAGCUUUUGUCUGUGUAGGAACAAAGGCCAAAGGAGUUCCUCACACUUGGGUAAUGACUUACGGGAUUGAUGGAAUAAUCACUUUCUGGGAGAGUUUAACAGGACAUAGGUAAGUAAGUCGAUUGUGCUGUAAAAUUGAAGGCAGAUUCAAGGAAUCUUCAGACAUAAUACCAAUCCACAGUUUAGUGUUGCAUCUGAACAUUCUGCAUGUGUGUCAUUUGCUACUGAAAUUUUAUUAACCAACUCCCAGUUAUGGCUAAUGUGCUUUAAUGUGUUUUUGCUUCUUUUCGGGGGCUUCUUUAUUUGCUUGUUUUAUUGCAGGAACAUGUCGGCAUCCUGAAUGCAUGGAUCCACUAAAAUGGCAAAUACUGGGCAUGCUGGAAAAUAUUCUGUGCUCAAUCUGUAGCUACUCAGGAACAUAUGAAUAACACUACAAGACUAAGUCAGCUGGGCUGUGACUUUGGAAAAACUAAUUGAAGCGCUUCUCUCAGUCAGCGCUCCUAGCAAUUACAUAAUGAUGGCACUAAUCAUGGGCAGCAAUGUCACAAUGGCCAGACUGACAACACUUAACCUAUUCCUUCUCUAGGAUAUGGGUAGGGAGUAUUUCAGGCAGGGGGAAGACUUGACAGAUAGCCCAGUAGGGAGAAAUGCCACAAUAAGAAGUGGACAAUACAUACAAAACUUGUGUAUUUUCUUACAACUCUUGUCUGCAAUCAAUAUUUUUAAUACAAUGCCCAAUCAUUACAUUUAAGGGUAGUUGUACAAUGGAAGAUACCUGGUUUGGAAGAGAAAGGUACAGCGACAUAAGGACUGAGAGAAGCAGCUACAAGAGUGAGGGCAAAGUGUGUAGCCUCUACUCUGAUGAAGUGUUGUAUUAACAUGGAUUCAAAUUUUGGUUUUGGACAUGCACUAUUAGGCCUGGGUGAAUGGGGUUCAUGCUUUAAAGGAGGUUGCACAUUCCUGAGACUUGCUCCAACUUCUUAAACAUAGCUGAUCAAUAAAAACAGACAGUAUUUUCUGUGCACCAGCCAAAUGUCUAUGUAAACUGAGGAGUACUUUGGGACUUCCUAGUUCUGGCUUUAAAUUACUUUACUUUGUAGGGUAACUUAUUAAAUCAUACCUAUUAAUUUUCAGAUAUAUCCACAAUCCUAUAAAACCUGAUGAUCCUCCAAUUGUUGAACAACCCAAGCCACUGUAUCCUUACCGAACAAUAGGAUGUGUCUUCAAUCAUCACAAAUUUUUGGCAAACUGCCAACCUACUGAUGCCGUAGAAGUCUGUGCCUUUGACUUGCAUGAUGAAUCCAAAUGGAAACCAAUGAGUGGCGAAGCAAUCAAAUCUGUGUGUUCUCCAGGAGCCACAACUGCACUUCCUCCUUUUCCUCCUCUCUGUGCUUCGUCAGUAGAUGCUGCAGUGACAAGCAAUGAACUGGAGUUGCAACUGAGAAUGUUAGUGGUAGAACACAGGAAGGUACAUGCCAUUAUUUGUGUGCAAACUGGUGUUUGGCUGCUUCUGCAUUUCAGUAGGUUAAAGUUAUUUUCAAAAUGUAUUUGAGUCAACACAGUUUCUCUCUUACAUUUGAUACUCAUGGUAUGGACAGUUGGCUUUAUCCCAACAUAUGUAGAAAGCAAGUAAAAGGUAAAAGUAAAGGUACCCCUGCCCGUACGGGCCAGUCGUGUCCGACUCUAGGGUUGUGCGCCCAUCUCACAUAAGAGGCCGGGGGGCAGCGCUGUCCGAAGACACUUUCGCGUCACGUGGCCAGCGUGACGAAGCUGUUCCGGCGAGCCAGCACCAGCGCAGCACACGGAAACGCUGUUUACCUUCCCACUAUAAAGCGGUACCUAUUUAUCUACUUGCACUUAGGGGUGCUUUCGAACUGCUAGGUGAGCAGGAGCUGGGACUGAAAGACGGGAGCUCACCCCGCCGCAGGGAUUCGAACCGCCGACCAUGCGAUCGGCAAGUCCUAGGAACUGAGGUUUUACCCACAGCGCCACCCGCGUCCCUAGAGAAAGCAAGUACAUAGGCACUAUCCACACUUUGCGGAAAUUCUGUAUUCAUGUAGAUGCAUCUGUGCAUAAACUGAAAGCAAUUUGCUUUUACUCAGUCUGGUUUAGCAGUAAAACAAUUUACUUUAUGUAAAAUAUACUUAAGACUUAGCAAAUAUGUUUGAAGCUUGUCUUAAAGGAACAUAGGACGCUGCCCUCUAGUAAGUCAUAUAAUUGGUAUAUCUAGCUCACUAUUGUUAACACUGACUUCAGUUUUUCUCAGCCCUAUCUGGAGACACUUGGCAUUUCAGCUAGGACCUUUUGCAUGCAAAUUCAAAUCCCCGCAACUGGGUGAGCUCCUUUUGUUCAGUCCCAGCUCCUGCCCACCCUUUGCGCUGCUCUGGUUCGCCAGAAGCAGCUUAGUCAUGCUGGCCACAUGACCCAGAAGCUGUAUGCCGGCUCCCUCGGCCAAUAAAGCGAGAUGAGCGCCACAACCCCAGAGUCAUUCGUAACUGGACUUAACUAUCAGGGGUCCUUUACCUUUACUAUGUACAGGGUGAGUCCUUUAAAAGAGGCCCCGUGGAUACAGAGUACACGUGUUCCACAGGCCUCUUUUUAAAGAUUCAUCCUGUAGUAAUUACAUUCUGACCAAAAAUGGAAUUUUGAAAUAAUUGUGGUCAAUUCUUAUUAUUGCUAACUAAAUAUACUCUUGGACCUUUUAACCUGAGGUGGGCAGCCUCUGGCCCGGAGACCUCAUUAGGCUUGUCAUUAUAUGCCAGGUAUGGGACAGGUAAAAGCCUGGCUCAGCCAAAAGUGCAGUGCCUGCAAAGCCCUGUUUAAAGUGCUGCACAAUACAGUAUAGCAUUUUGAAAGGGACUUCUGAAGACCUGUGGACAAAAAACAUAUCAGCUGACAUCACAAUAACAUCUCCCCCCAUAAAAUUUGGUCUGAAAGUGAUGGGAGAGAAAACAUUCUGGACCGCUGAGCUAAAAAAAAGGUUCCCCCACUCCUAUUUACCUCUGUUAAGUAAGCAUUGUUAUGUAACUACUAGUCCUAAUUCCCUUCUUUAUUUGAUUCAACAUACAGGACCUUGGUCUUUCAACAGUUUGGGACGACCAACUUUCCUACCUCUUGUCACCAGCCUUGGCAGCCUAUGAACUUGAACGUACCACAGGUGUUUCUUCAGGUAAUGAAGAAUUUCAAGAUGCCAUCAGGAGAGCAGUACCCGAUGGACACACAUUCAAAGGAUUUCCCAUUCAUUUUGUACACAGAAAUGCAAGGAGAGCAUUUGCUGCGUGCCUUCGGUAAACUUCCUUCUGCUCUUUUUACGUUGUAGUGUUGCAUACAAUCAGUGCUUUUUUUGUUAAAAAAUAAGGUGCCAAUAUUGGUAUCUUGAUAAAAAUGUUGUGGGUGAAAACACUAAACGGCUGCCAUGGGUAGUAUAGAUAGAGGUGACAGUACUCGUGAGGACCAUCACAACCAGAGUGUUGCAUAACAUAAUCAGAAUAUAAUAUCAGAUACAAGUAUUUAUAGCUAAUCAUAUAAGGCUGAACAUAUAAGAUUCAGUAUUAGUUAAAAUAAAACAGAAAAAAGUUAAAAUUACUGACCUUUGAAAGAAAAAUAAUAUGACAUAACAUAAGGGAAUAAGAUAUAUAUUGAUGUAAGUUGAGAAAACAGAAAGGAGAUAUAAUUUAAUAAUAUCUUGCAUGAAAAAUUGAGGCUAAAUUUUUAAUAAUUCUCAUAUGGACCUUGAAGUAUACAACUGGUUAUUUUAUACAUGUAGCUAGGUAAAGGUAAAGGGACCCCUGACUGUUAAGUCAUUGCAGACGACUCUGGGGUUGCGGCGCUCAUCUCGCUUUACUGGCCAAGGGAGCCGGCGUUUGUCUGCAGACAGUUUCCAGGUCAUGUGGCCAGCAUGACUAAGCCAAUUCUGGCAAACCAGAGCAGCACACGGAAACACCAUUUACCUUUCCGUCAAAGCGGUACCUAUUUAUCUAUUUGGACUUUGAUGUGCUUUCGAACUGCUAGAUUGGCAGGAGCAGGGACUGAACAAUGGGAGCUCACCCCGUCGCGGGAAUUCGAACUGCUGACCUUCUGGUUGGCAAGCCCUAGGCUCUGUGGUUUAGACCACAGCGCCACCCACGUCCUAUACAUGUAGCUAGAGAUGAACAAAUAUUGGUUGUGUAGUCCUGCUCACUCAUAUUUUAGUUUUAUAUUCAUUUCUGGUCAGUGGACACCUGUUAAGUGUUCUGGAUGAAGAUGGGUCAUCUGUUAGUCAACAUUUGUGACAAAAUGUAUCAGUCAGCAUGUUAUCAUUCAGGCCAUAGAAAUAACUCGUGGAGUAAGCUAUGCUUGGUAUGGCUAAAUUCAUAGCAAAGGCUUUGUACAAUUGGAUGGUUAAUUGCUGUGUCAAACUUCUGGUAUGCAGAUUUGCAGAUUAAGACAAUGGCUGCAGUUAACCACUUCUGUAAUGGUUACUAUCCUUACAAUUUUAAAAAAUGUCUCAAAUUCAACAGUUGAGUGACUGGUUUUUGUGUUUCCAUUUCCUGAAAUAGGUCUCCUUUUUGUGACGAAAUACUGUGCUGUAGAGGGGACCAAGUGCGACUUGCAGUUCGUGUCAGAGUUUUCACAUAUCCUGAAUCUGCAUGUGCCGUAUGGAUCAUGUUUGCUUGCAAAUACCGUUGCGUACUCUAAGAACCACUUGCACUUUGAACUGAAAUCCUCCGCAGUUAUGUCAAAGUCCCAUUGAGGUCAAAUACUUCUCACUAUUAAUGAUGUCAGGCUUGCAUUGUGAUCCCGAACACAUUUACUUGGAAGUAAAUCCCAUUGGUUUGUACUCAGCACUGUUGUUCCAGUUGCUCAGACUUUUACUUGCGCAACUGAACUUCCCCAUCCUCUCUUCCACCCUGCACCCCCUGUGCACUCUUAAAGUCUGCUCCAGUUGGUUGGAGGACCCUCCAGAGCAGAUUUUGAGGGUGUGUAUGGAAGGAGGUGAAGAAGGAAAAGUCCCAUUGUGCAAUUGGAACUCUACUCAGUGUUGGAUACAACCCACUGAUUUCAGUACAACAUUUAUCUAAGUGUGCUUAGGAUCACAGCCUUAAAGAGGCAAGAUUGAAUAUUAUUGUAUUUAAUGGUAUGCCUUUAGUAAAGGCUUCUGCCACAAUAUAAUGUUAUGAGUUUUGGCUGUGUGAUUGUGUUCAGAGUAUCAUGACAGAAAAUCUUUGUAUAAAGUGUAAUUAAGGUAUUAUAAAUGAAAUGUACAUUUCUAUGUAAUAAAAGUUAUAUUUCUUAAUGAAAGGGAAGACUGCACUAAUUUUCAGUUGGUGUCCAAAUAUUCUGUAGUUCACCUCUCUAUACUGGAUCUCUCUCUCUCUCUCUCUCUCUCUCUGUGUGUGUGUGUGUGUGUGUCCUGUUUAAUUGCAGUGAAAUUAUAAAACUGAAAGACCAAUGCAUUUUGCUUUCACUUGGAAAACACCAUAACAUAACGGAAAAAAGAGAAUGUUGAUUGUGUGUGAUCAUAAUCUAAGAAAGUGUCGCUAAGGGAGGAAUCCUGUGCACAAGAAGUUGGCAUAAAGCAAGCUGAUGUCAAGUUAUACAAGAUCUAAACCCAAUUCAGCAGUGGGGCUGCUUCUGUACCUAAGCCGGGCAGAGGGAAAACAAGCCUUUAAAAUAGUGUUGUAUGCUGGGCUGGCAUGUGACCACACUGAGGCUUAGAAUCCAGUCUAAGUCUCCCCUCUCUGGACCCACCCCUAGAACAGAAAGAAUGGUAAAGGCCAUGUUGUUGUUUAGUCGUUUAGUCGUGUCCGACUCUUCAUGACCCCAUGGACCAGAGCACACCAGGCACUUCUGUCUUCCACUGCCUCCCACAAUUUGGUCAGACUCAUGUUUGUAACUUCGAAGACACUAUCCAACCAUCUUGUCCUCUGUCGUCCCCUUCUCCUUGUGCCCUCCAUCUUUCCCAACAUCAGGGUCUUUUCCAGGGAGUCUUCUCUUCUCAUGAGGUGGCCAAAGUAUUGGAGCCUCAGCUUCACGAUCUGUCCUUCCAGUGAGCACUCAGGGCUGAUUUCCUUCAGAAUGGAUAG